UUUCUUUACAGUCGUCUCCGCGAAGGAGUGUUGAAUGAUGAAAUCUGUGGCUUGGUCACAUGUGAGUUUAUUUGUUUUGCUUUUUUGCUUCCUCUUCCGCUACGGACUGACCUGUGGAGGAAUUGGAGCAAAGUGCGUAAAGGAGGUGUGCGUAAAGGAGGUGUGCGUAAACGAGGACCUGUGCGCGCAGCGGCUCUCCAGCCAGGUGACGCCCACCGCCGCGCUCCGACUUCUUCUUCUCCUCCUUUAGUUUCACUCCUGACUCAUAUCUGGAUCUUGAUGGGAUGUAAAGGGAUUGCUCACGGCGCGCUCCACUUGGCUUCAUCUCCUCAGGUGAAGGACAUGAGUGGCGUCUCGGUUUGGGCGGAGGAUGUGGGCAUGGGCUCGGAGGAGGUGCGACCCGCGGCACCGUGGUCGGAGGAGCGCUGCGAGGAGCUGUGGGAUCGCGUGGAGGGGGCGCGACACAAGCUCACGCGCAUCCUCAACCCGGCAAAACUCACCCCGUAUCUGCGCCAGUGCAAGGUCAUCGACGAGCAGGACGAAGACGAGGUCCUCAACUCCACGCAGUAUCCACUCCGAAUCAGCAAGGCCGGUCGUUUGCUGGACAUUUUGCGCGGUCAGGGCCAGCGAGGUCUUCAAGCCUUCAUGGAGUCGAUGGAGUUUUACCAUCCGGAGCAGUACACACAGCUGACGGGAGAACAGCCCACGCACAGAUGCUCCCUCAUACUUGAUGAGGAAGGACCAGAAGGCUUGACUCAGUUUCUGCUGCUGGAGGUGCGAAAACUGAGGGAGCAGCUUCGAAACAGCCGGAUGUGUGAGCGGCGCCUGUCUCAGCGAUGUCGGAUGGCGGAGGACGAACGCAGCCGCGCCGAACACAAAGCUCAGGAGCUACGUCACGACAGGCUACAGCUAGAGAGGCUGCGUCAGGACUGCGAGACGGCGAGUCGGGAGUUGGGGAAGCUCAAGGACCGACACCUGGAGCAGGCUGUGAAGUACUCCAAGGCCUUGGAGGAGCAAAGCAAGGCCUCGACGAGAGAGAGGGAGCUGCUCAGGCAGGUGGAGGAGCUUAAGUCCAGGCUGACAGAGGCUGAGAACCAAACCACUGGCACAGAGAUCAAAACAAACCAUUCACCCUCUAUCAGAGUGAACGGAUCUCCCCCACCUUUACCAGAAAAGCCGACGCAGCGUAUCGAGGUUCAGAAAACUGAGAAUACAGGAACUCAAAGGAGAGGACCAGUUCCCACCACUGGAGUCAUCGCGCUGAUGGACAUCCUGCAGCAGGACCGCAGGGAGGCUGCAGAGCAGAGGCAGGAGCUCUGCGAUAUCAUCACCAGACUCCAGGGGGAGCUACAGAGCACCGAGGAGCACAGGGACAAGUUGGAGUCACAGUGCGAACAGCUGCGGCUGAAGGUGAGGACUCUCCAGCUGGACUGGGAGACCGAGCAGAAGAGGAGUGUGUCCUAUUUCAACCAAAUCAUGGAAAUGGAAAAAGAGCGAGACCAGGCUCUGCGCAGUCGAGACAGCCUGCAGCUGGAGUACACCGACUGUCUGCUGGACAAGAACCGUCUACGUAAGCGCAUCGCGGAGCUGCAGGCCAACAUGGAGCAGCAGCAGAGGGAGCUGGAGAGGGAGAGGGAGCGGUGCCGGGUGCAAAUGGAGCAGAGCAGCACCUGUCUGCACUGUUCCCACAUGUCUCUGUGGAGCGAGGAGCAGUGCUUCGGACCCUGCUGCUCCCUGGACCUGGACCUGACCCCCCCGGCCGGCAGCGGCGGCGGCGGCGGCAGCACACACCUGGUUCUGAGAAAAACGCCCCCUAGAGGCCAAGGCAACGAAAACUCGGAGGACUCCAACUCGGAGGAGAACGUUUUGAUGUCGACGGAAAACACGGAAAAGGAAAUAAAUCGCCUCUCCACGUUCCCUUUUCCUCCUUGCAUGAACUCCAUCAACCGGCGUUUUACCACAGAGUUUGACUUGGACUCGUGGGGCAGUGACGAGAAUGACAACAUCACAGGUGAUCAGAGUGAACCUUCUUUGUGGGACUCCUGCACAUCGUUGCACUCUCACCUGUUCCCGCCUGACCUGGUCAACCUGCCCGCCGUCUCCUCACAACGCCCCGGCCCUGGGGCUCCCAGGAACCCCCUCCGCUCCCCGUCCUCCAGCCCCCCGACCUCGCCGAGGCAUGAAAGAGCCAGCCUAGCGGACGACAUCACGAUAGUCGGAGGGAACCAGUCGGGGAUCUUCGUCAGCCACGUGAGGGCCGGUUCCCCGGCCGAGCAGUGUGGACUGAAGGAGGGCAGUGAGCUGCUGGAGCUGGAGCGGGUUCUGUUUGGUGGGGGCAGCGUGCUGCUGGCUCAGUGCACCGCCGAGGUCGCCCACUUUUCUCUUCAAUGGUGGACCGAGCCUUCGACACUCAAACACCAGAGCAACCUAGAGGCGUACUCAAAGCUGUGCUCCCAGCUUUCAUCACCUACGUUUACGGGCGCGGACUCCUUCUACGUGCGCGUCAACCUCAACAUGGAGCCCCGCGGCGACCCGCCAUCGCUGGGCGUGUCAUGUGACGACAUCGUGCACGUCACAGACACGAGGUACGACGGGAAGUACCAGUGGCGCUGCGCCCUGGUGGACAAGACCACAGCCAAGCCCCUGCAGACCGGCACCAUGCCCAACUACAACAGGGCACAGCAGCUGUUACUUAUACGAUUACGAAAAAUGGCUCUGGAGCAAAAAGACUUCAAGAAGAAAGUGUUUACAAAGAAAGCCUCAGGCCGCGUACGAUUGGUCAAGGCAGUCGACCCCAGCUGUCGCGGGGCUGGUUCGACCCAGCAGGUCCUUUACACUCUCAGCAAACGUUACGAGGAGCACUUGAUCCCGUACAGUUUGGUGCAUCCGGUGCAGGUCCAGGCCAAGCGUCCGGUCAUCUUCUCCCCGUCCUUGCUGUCCCGUGGUCUCAUAGAGAGGCUGCUGCAGCCAGCGGAGUCUGGACUCAAGUUCAACACCUGCCCACCAGAGCCCAUCCCGGCGUCAGAGAGACAAGACAAGAGAAUAUUCUUGUUGGAUUCCCACAGUCCAGAGCAGGCUCUGGGUAUCCGGCUGGAGUCGAUACAGGAAGUCAUCAACCAGGACAAGCACUGUCUCUUAGAGCUGGGGCUGCACAGCGUCGAGGGCUUACUGAGGCACGGGAUUUACCCCAUCAUCAUCCACAUCCGCCCCAAGAACAAAAAGCACAAGAAGUUGAGGAAGUUCUUUCCGCGCUGCGGGGAGGACAGCGUGAUGGAGGAGGUGUGCCAGGCCGAGGAGCUGCAGCUGGAGACGCUGCCGCUGCUCUACUACACCGUGGAGCCCAACACCUGGAGCUGCACCGAGGAGCUUCUGACGGCCUUACGCAACGCCGUCCACAGCCAGCAGAGAGCAGUCGCCUGGAUCGAGCUGGAUCGGCUGCAGUAGAAGAAGAAGAAGAAGAAGAAGAAGAAGAACACUGCAAGAAACUCACUACACCACAGGCUGCUCUGUGCGGGACGGUUAACACGGACCACAUUAGGCUUAUGUGCAGACAUUCAAACAGGAAUUUUUAUUUUUAGUGUCUUGGAGCCGAGCUGGACCGGCUAAAAUCAGAGAAGUGCAUAAAAAAAAAAUGUUAUAUGAGCCACAAAUAAUAAUAUGUGUUAAUACAGAACUAUCGACAUGGAUUCUUGUAUCAACAACAGUUAUGAUGUUUUAUUUUGCAAGUUUUUAUGUAUCUGUACGUUUACACUGGAGUUACCACACAUUGUUGAGGUCACUGUACAUUUACUUAGAUGAUGUGAGCAAAGACGUUGUGUGAUUGUGGAGAUGUAGCAUUUUAUAUUUGCACGAUAAAUGACACAGUCUUCCAGAAAUACAGCCCAAGCUGUUGGUUAUUUUUACAUUUUAUUUUAUUAUUCUUUAGGCUCUGAAUGGGUUUACUGUAUAAUUUAAACUUCUUAAUUUCAAUACAAAUGUGCUGUUAUUGAGAGUCUGUACGACAAAAAACUGUGCAAAUACUUUCAGUCUGAACUGCGACACAUUUCAUACACCAGGUACCAAACUAAUGUGACUUUAGUUUUGUGAACACAUUUCUAUUUACGUUUUUAUACUGCUGAUUUUUUAUUUUGUAAUAUGUUUCAUGAAUAAAUUAAUGUCAAAA